AGGACCCCGUCAAAGGGCAUUAAAUUCAAAAUUUCAAAACAAACGUGAGGUUGUUUUUCUUAACAUGUAACAGUUUACUUAGAGCUGGCGGGCAGUUGCAGACACACAGCUUGAAUCUUCAUUUGAAACAUGGACGUAGAUGGAAAGCACGAUUCCAGUAGCAAUGAAAAACCGGUGGAUAAAGCUAAACCGCCUUCAAUCGAGGAUUUCAUCGUUUUGAAGCCAAUAAGCCGCGGUGCUUUUGGCAAGGUGUACCUUGCCCGGAAGAAGUCAAAUUUGCGUUUAUAUGCCAUUAAGAUGAUGAAGAAAGCAGAUAUGGUUGUUAAAAAUAUGACGGGCCAGAUGAAGGCAGAGAGAGCUGCACUUGCUUUGAGCAAAAGCCCCUUCGUGGUUCAACUGUUUUAUUCCCUUCAGACGGCCACCAAGAUCUAUCUGGUCAUGGAAUAUCUCAUUGGUGGAGAUGUCAAAUCUCUGCUACACCAUUAUGGGUAUUUCGACCAGGAUAUGUCUGUCCAAUACAUUUCAGAGGUUGCAUUGGCUUUGGACUACCUCCACCGUCAUGGUAUAAUCCACAGGGACUUAAAGCCAGACAACAUGCUUAUAUCUAACAAAGGUCAUGUUAAGCUGACAGACUUCGGCCUUUCUAAAGUCAAGCUUGACAGAGAGCUGAGUAUUUUGGAUAUCCUUACUACUCCUUCCUUGGCUAAACCAAAACAAGAUUACUUCCGCACCCCGGGUCAAGUGCUCUCCUUAAUCAGCUCUCUUGGAUUUAAUUCACCUGCAGCAGAAGGAAAGCGCCACUGCAGCACAUCUGCAGCGUCAAGUCCCCUUUCCUGCGGCAGACUAAGAAAGAAGAAAACCUCUCUUGGUUCUCCCUUGUUGAAGAAAGAGCAGCAGUGUUCACAGGCUCGAUACCCUUGGAAAACAGGACCCAACAAUGUUGCGAUUAGUCCUCACAAGCUGGCAAAAAAUCUGACCCCCAGCCUGCUGAAGACCAGGAGAAGGUUUGAAACGAUGAGUGCAGGCAGCACCACUGACACUGAAGGGGCCAUCAGUCCACUGUGGGAGUGUGACGAGAAAGAAAAUGAACACGCUAACAAACAGAAGCAUUCUGAAUCCAAAGGAGAGUGUGUGCCCACAAAAUGCACUGUUGUGGAUGCCUCGUCAGCCUCGUCUGUAAAGAGGACAUUUUCUGAAAUGGAGAAGCCCGAGUCGUUGGAGAUCCAAGCCAAGAAACGUAGCACAGCCUACAAGAGAUGCUACGAGAUUCCGGAAGAACCUGCAAGGCUUCACACUGGCCUGACUGGAACAUUUUCUAACGUCCAAAUCCUUGACUUCUUGGCCUCCACUGAGGGGAUUGGGUUAGCUGUAGAGCGGAUCCCAACACGCUCCAGUCCCAUUGCUAAAAGUCUGUUAAGUGAACUAGAGGAGCCAACAGAGGACGUGUUUGAAGACGGACCCAAAGACCUAUCACAUUCAAGUUUCACAUCACCCCUUACCGACAACAUUGACGUAUGCAGGAGCUUGCGCCUUGACUUUGAUGGCUCUAUGCACGAAACAUCUCUCACUAUGGACAGCUGUGCAUCUCACAAGACAAGAAAGUUUGCCAAAAACAGAAAUUCAGCAUCAUCUGAUGAGCUAGAGGAACAUAAAGAUUCAUCCAUGUCUGAAUCACUCCCACAAACUCCAUGUGCUGUUGCUAUGGGAACAUCCACACUUGGUCACUUUGUCUGGAAAGGACCUCAUUGCUCCUCCCUUAACCAGCUCCCUGAUGGUGAUGCAAAUUCCUCCUCAUUCCUCAAGCCGAAAAAUGUUGUCGCUUUCCGUAGCUACUGUAGCUCCAUCAACCACUCCAACAUGUCGGGGGUGUCCCGGUUCAGCAUCGGUUCUGUUGAUGCUAUGGACGUAUCCACCACUGCUUCCCAUUACUCCGCAUCUGGCAACACAACACCAGUGCAGAAAAGACCCAGUUCCAACAGCUCUCUAUGUCAGACUCCUCAGCCCAUGUCGACCUCUUACAACCCCUUAAGGACUCCAAAGAGUGUCAGGAGGGGGGCACUGCCUGUUGAGGGUGUACCCAUUUUAGGAACUCCUGACUAUUUGGCGCCGGAGCUUCUCUUGGGAAAACCACAUGACUGCAUGGUGGAUUGGUGGGCGCUUGGUGUGUGUCUUUUUGAGUUCCUCACAGGUGUGCCACCUUUCAACGAUGAGACUCCCCCUCUGGUCUUCCAGAAUAUUCUCAACAGAGAUAUUCCCUGGCCUGAGGAAGAGGAGGAACUGUCUGUCAAUGCAAGAAAUGCAAUUGAAAUUCUCCUAACCAUGGACAUGACAAAAAGAGCUGGCCUAAAAGAACUCAAAGCUCACCCGCUGUUCGAGGGCUUGGACUGGGACAACCAGCAUAACCAGCCGAUGCCUUUCAUACCUCAGCCAGAGGACGAAACCGACACCUCGUACUUUGAUGCAAGAAACAACGCUCAGCACAUUGCCGUGUCUGGCUUCAGCCUCUAGAGUUAUAAACAGUUGUGUUUUAUUAAAGUAGCUGUCAACAAAUUGUGGCUGUUGAUUAAGUUGUGCAGGUUUGUGAAUUCACGUGAUCUCAUGGUGGAAUUUCCCCCAAAAUCAGAUCCUAUAUAUUUAAAAAAACCCGGUAAUGAAUCCGAUUCUGAUAGUUUCUCUGUUCAAGGUGGUCACAUUUUAAAAAGCAUUUUAGGUAUUUGCAAUCACUGGUGAUGAAAGGCAGGAAAAAAGCCAAAUCCGUUAAAUGAUCACCUAGUUUACGAGUAGAAGGUACACUUGUUUUAAACUUUGGUAUUACCAUAUUGCAUAGUUAUUUCUCUUAAAUUAGGUUCUUAUACUAGCAAAGUGUUAUUUGCUUUGGCGAUACCUUUUUUUUUUAAAGGCUUUGAUUUCUGUGUUGUGAUAAAUACAAAUAAGUAAGUUCAUGGAGAUGGGGCAUUUACUGCCAUGCCGACACCUCAUUUUUUUUGCUGCACUGUUCAUUGUAAUGUUUUCUCUUGCUCUUAGCAGACUGGCUGGGAGUGCUGCCUAAAUGUAUCAUUAAGGGAUACAAAACUGCUUAAAAAAUACUAAUAUAUUCAUCAAUAAAAUAUUUUAAAUCUACAUCUUGUUAUAAGACCAUAGCACAGUACUUUAUGUUGUAGCAGAACGGUGUUCCUGCUUUUAUGUCAUUUGUGUUUAUAAUUUUGAUGUGUUCACCUGCUCAUAUUCCACACUACUAGUUUUAAGGAUAGGUUCUCAAGGCUCCGAUUCGCUUGUGAAAUUUUAUGUUGUUCGAAAUGUGCAAAUAAACUUGUA